AAACUACAUAGACACUAGGAAAUCUAAGAGAUUGAGUUUGAAGCCAUUAGCUAGCUUUGACACACCAACUAGACAAAUGAGGGAAGACAGCAGAGAUUAUCAUCUUUGUGAAGGUACAACCUAGUAAACUAGUUGUGAUACAAAGAUCUUCCCAGAAACAUGAACAAAAGAUUUGCUCUGAAUCCUAAAGAUCUGGGGCACAUGGCUAGGAUAUUGAAAGAAAUUGCCGCAGGUCACGAGAAUCAGCAGCUGUUAUAACGGGAUCUGAAUCUGUUUUUUCCCAGGAAAAGCAUGGAACUUGUUGGAUUCCUAGGCAUUCCAGAACUGACAGUUUCCAUGAUUUUCUAAUCCUCCCAAGAAAAAAGCUUCCUCUUUUAGUUACCUGACAAUCUGGCAUGCAAAAAAACCAGAAAAAGAUUACAGAUGCAGCAGUAGAAGCUCAAACUUCAACAUUAACUCCCAAAACAAAAAGAAAACAAUAUAGGAAAAUGAUCCCUUUAGUGUUACAAAGUUCCACCUUCUCUUGCCACGUCAAGCUCUCUCUAUCUCUCCCUGUUGAUAAAAAAAUCCGUCACAUAAACAAAUGGAUAUAAUGAGAAGACAGCCAAAAAAGGCAAAGCAGGCAAAGAAACAACCACCACGAAACUACCAAGCUGCUUUUAAGUUCAUGAACCCGAUGCCUUUCCUCCUCCUAUAUAAACCCUCUCUGCCUCUUCCUUCUUCCCUCACUCCUACACCCCUCUUGUUUAUCUAGUGAGAGCUUAAGACAAAGGAAAAAAAAGAAAGAAACAAAGAAUACCCUUUUUCGAGAAUCAUCAUGCCUUCUUCUUCAGCUACUCUGAUUUCCAAAUGCACGAUUUUCCCAGACCAGAAAUCCAAUGUCAAAACCUUAAAGCUCUCAGUUUCGGACAUCCCCAUGCUCUCCUGUCAGUACAUUCAGAAAGGAGUUUUGCUGACGGCUCCUCCUUUCUCCGUCGACGACCUAGUGGUCUUCCUUAAACAAUCUAUUUCAACUACUCUCUCUCACUUCCCUCCUUUGGCCGGUCGUCUCAUGACAGACCACGACGGGCAUGUGCACAUCACGUGCAACGACGCCGGCAUAGAGUUCCUCGUGGUGAAAUCUCCUAAAGUUUCCAUCCACGACAUUUUGUGCCCCGGCGAUGUCCCCUAUUGUGUCAAGGAGUUCUUCACUUUUGACAAGACGCUUAGUUACUCAGGCCAUUUCAAGCCGUUGGCUGCGGUUCAGGUGACCGAGUUAGUCGACGGGGUUUUUAUCGGGUGCACGGUGAACCACGCCGUGACCGAUGGGACUUCGUUCUGGCACUUUUUCAACACGUUCGCUGAGAUGACUAAAGGAGCUUCAAAAAUAUCGAAAACCCCUGAUUUUAGCCGUAACACCGUGUUUAAUUCUCAAGCCGUGCUUAAAUUCCCUCCCGGCGGACCCACAGUUACUUUCGCCGGCGACGAGCCAUUGAGGGAAAGGAUUUUCCAUUUCACCAGAGAAGCCAUUUUGAAACUUAAAUGCAGAGCUAAUUACGGUCGUUUUUUAACUAAACAAACGAAUUCCGAAGUUUUGGGCAAGCUCUGCAACGACAGCUGGAAAUCCGUUAACGGAGAAACCAACGGUUUGUCCAACGGCAAGGUGAAAAACAGUAACGAUGAGAUUUCGUCUUUCCAAUCGCUCUGUGCUCAGCUUUGGAGGUCGGUCACGCGUGCCAGAAAAUUAGAGGCCACCAAGACGACGACGUUUAGGAUGGCUGUGAAUUGCCGGCACAGGUUGGACCCCAAGCUCGAGCCGUACUAUUUCGGGAACGCGAUUCAGAGUAUCCCGACUUUCGCUCUAGCCGGCGAGUUGCUGGCUAAAGACUUGGGCUGGAGCGCCGAUCUGCUUCACAAAAACGUAGUGGCGCACGACCACGGUACGGUGCGGAGAGGUGUAGCCGAUUGGGAGAAGCAGCCGAGGCUGUUCCCGCUAGGGAACUCCGACGGCGCAUCGAUCACCAUGGGAAGUUCUCCUAGAUUUCCAAUGUACGAUAAUGAUUUCGGGUGGGGCCGACCUUUGGCUGUGAGGAGUGGUAGGGCCAAUAAGUUUGACGGGAAGAUCUCGGCCUUUCCUGCAAGAGAAGGGAACGGGAGCGUUGACUUGGAGGUUGUUUUGGCGCCUGAUACGAUGGCGGGGAUUGAGAACGACGCAGAGUUUAUGCAGUACGUAUCCGCGAUCGUGUGAGUGACUACACUGUAGUUUGAACCUCCUGUUUAAAAAAAUUGAAUCCCAGGUGGCAAUUUAUGAUUGGUGGUUAGUUGGUUAAGGGCUUCGGGUCGGAAGACGCGGUGAUCUUUGGACGGUUGUGAUUUCAUUUGUGUAAAAUCAAUCAUAAGAACUAAAGCGGUAACGUUUUGGCUACUUUUACCACGGAGUUGGUAUGUUGGGCUUUGGCUUUGUACAUUGAAGCUUUCAUUUUCCACGUGACGAAAUCAAAGGAAGGUUUUUGUUUUGUUUUGUUUUUUUUUUAUUUUGAAAUUUUUUUCCAAUAUAUAAAGACGUGUGAAUUUCCUUGUCACUAA